GCCCAAUCCUAUGACUCAUCAGGACUUAAAAAAUCCCAGUUCCUGACAAUUGCCAUGAAGGAAAUGAUGUACUUUCAACUCAAUUGCUCAUUUCUAAAUAAACAAGAUAUUAAGAUGAUGUUUUCCUUCUGAGGCCAAGAGGUGACUCCAGCAGGAAUUCUGAAGAGCCAUAAUGAUGUGACAGUGAAUAAUGAGUAGUACCUACUGUGGCAACUCUUCAGCUAAGAUGAGUGUCAACGAAGUAUCAGCUUUUUCAUUGACUCUGGAGCAAAAAACUGGCUUUGCUUUUGUUGGGAUUUUGUGUAUCUUCUUGGGGCUUCUUAUUAUCAGAUGCUUCAAAAUCCUGUUAGACCCAUAUAGUAGCAUGCCCUCCUCUACAUGGGAAGAUGAAGUUGAAGAGUUUGAUAAAGGGACAUUUGAAUAUGCACUUGCGUGAGAAUUCUACCUUUAGAGUUUUUAGGGUUAUGCCACUGGGACACAUGGAAUAUACAACUGUAAUUUCCUUGAACAUACUGGAAAAGGCUCAUUUCAUUCAGUAAAUUCAAUAAACAUGUGUAGUUGGACAAGUCAUCUAAUCUGUAUGGACUUCAGUGAGGAGGUUAAUCAGAGAAUUUUUAAUGUCCCUUUCAAUUCUAGUGCCCUAUGAACUCUGUGAACGUAUCUGGAAAUCCAGAGAUCUGAGAUGAAUGAAGAUUUGAGGUGUCAUUAGAAGUUUUUCAGUUAGGAGACUUUAGACUAAAGACUUUAGACUAAAGACUCCACAAGUCUAAAGUCUUGUGAUUUGAAUUCUAAUGUUGACUUAGUCAAGAAUUAGCUUUAUGACCUAGAAAGCU